GGUUUCAAGUGCCAGCGCAUCAACCUGGAGCAGCGCUACGACCUCCACAAGAAGGACGACGCUCGUCGUGCCAAGGAGUGGUUCAAUACGACGUGCCUUCGCAAGGCGUGGUUUUCGACGCCAUGUGCCUACUUCUCGUUGAAGCAGAACCGUACCCCUGAACACAAACGACGACCUGGCAAUUGGGAGAAUUUCCUACGAUCGCGAUUUCGGGCUCGCUCUAUGAAUGGGCACUGCGUGGAUAUGGCCUUGGAAACUCUACGACACGAUGGUGAUAUCUACUGGGAGUGGCCGGGCAAGUGCAGCGGCUGGUCUACACCGGAGCUCAACCGGUUCAGGCGCGAGGCGGAGAAGAUCAUCGGACGACCUCUCCGCAUGGUCAGGGUCGACGCGUGCCAGGUCGGCAUGCGCGACGAUCAUGGCGCGCUCAGGAGCAAGUCUUGGGGCAUCCUCACCAGCGACGAGAAUUUCACGCAGUGGGUGGCACUACGCUGCACGAAAGACCAUCCUCGCAGCACGCUCGAGGGGCACGACGCCGUGGCGGCGUCGGCCUACUAUCCGGAUCCGAUGAUUCGGAGAUUGGUCAAGGGUUUCGCCAAGGACCUGCGCGGUCAGGAUUUCGCGGAGGACUUCUGGGCGAUGAGCGCGCUGCAGGACUACGAGGGGCAGUUGUGCGGCAUCGAGUCGGGCAUAGACAAGCAUUUCAAGAAGACGCCGGAGGACAACGUCACGCUCGACAAGGUCAAGACCUGGUUGAUGGACCUCCACAUUCUUGGUGGACAUAAGUCCAAAACCAACAUGAAUGCGAUGCUCCAGACACGCGGGCGCCCAAGUUGGCAGCAGGCGCUCGUGGACGAGCUGAUCUGCGAUGCCUGCGCCGAGACCCAGGACACGCAGCACCAGGCCGUGGUGUCACUCUCUAUGCCACCAAAGCUGUGGCAGACGGUGAAGCCGGACUGCUUCGAGCUGGAGGUGCACCACAGGCAGCUGUUCGCGGUGCUCUACAUGAACGCGCCCUGCAAGUUGGCAGUUCGCAACGUCUUCAAGGAGGUGGAUACCAAGGGCAAGAAGGCGUACUUCGAGCCGUCUGGCGCCCAGGUGUUGUCGGCGUUCCUGGAGGAUUGGUGGCAGCGCAAGCCGCGGUGCCAGUUCUUGAUCCCGGACCCGGGCGGCGGCUUCGUGAGCAACCAGUUGCGCGAGUGGUGCGGCAAGAACGCCGUGGGCAUCAUCCAGAGCCCGGGCGAGUUCCAUGGUCUGACGGCCGACCUGGAGAUUCUUAUCAGGCAGGUCAAGAAGACCGCUCGUCGCAUCUCCUUGGACGAGCCGACGCUAUCGUUGGCCGGCUGUGCGUCGCUGGCCUGCGCCGCUCACAACAACCAGCACAAGGCGUCGGGCUACACACCAGUCCAGUGGGCGCACGGUACCAACCACCAGGGCUCCCAGUUCGCGGAGGAGGCUGGUCGCCUGGAUGGAGACGGCUUGGCACACACCGAACUUCAUCGUCUUUUGGCAGAGCGGGUCUACCUGGAGGAGCAGGCUCGUUCAGUGGUGACUCGGCUUCGGCACUUCAUGAGGCAGAAGCUUCUCUCGAUCAAGAUCGGCGACUGGAUCAUGUACUUCCGCCGUGGCAAGAACACUGGAGCUCGAGGUUCUUGGUUCGGACCUGCGAGAGUUUUGGCCAUCGAGCCGAAGGUCAACCUCCAGCGUGAACGUGCCUACGAGUCCGCUUCGAUCGAGGACGAGAUUUCGGUGGUGUGGAUCGUGCAUGGCACGAGGCUUAUUCGGUGUCAUCCGACACAGCUGAGGUCGAGCAGUCAGCGCGAGGUGGUCGUGGCAUCGCUCAAGGGCAACAUCGACAGGGGCUCGCCGACCAACGCCUCCAAUAGCAACCAGGACCAGGUGAAGAUUUUCUCCAGGGAGAUCGGCGUGAAUUUCGUGAUGGUGCUCAGGCUGGGGACGACGGUGCAAACCUUCAUCCAGUUUCUCGAGAUGUUCCUCCAGAUUUGUCUCGAGUACCAGUUCCAGAGGCACAAGGCAUCUCCCUACGACGCGCCUUAUGGACCAGAAGCGACGUCGGCGGCACCAGAGGAAAUCACCAGUGGCCCUGCAGGUGCUCUGAUUGGCGAUGAAGCCGCGGUAGUUCCCCGAGAGGGUAGCCCGGCAGAGCCUCUUGGGGUGGGACCCGACUCUGCGGACGGGCCGGUCGCAGAGGGCGCGGCGGGAAACCAGGAUCCUGCUGGGGAGGCCCCCACUGGUGAAGCAGACGAACGUGACAUAGAGAAGCCAGAGACCAAGCGCAUCAAGCUCGGAGAGAUGGAUUUCAUGACGCGCGACUUCGAGUACGAGGUCAAGUACCUGGAGGCCUGGGGCAACUUCAGCAACCAGUCCGUGGCCUCCCUGAAGGACGCGACCAUCGAGCGCGAAGUGAUCGAGGUCGCGCUUGGCGACGGCAAGGCGACAGAGGUCACCCACUCCAAGCUGGCGCCAGGGCAGCAGCUCGAGUUCGACGAGGCGAUGCGCAAGGAGAUCAGCCAGGUCAUCGCGACCAAGGUCUUGAAGCGGAUCGCUCAGGAGGAGCUCACCGAGAUCGACGAGUCGCGGUUGCUCAAGAUGCGCUGGGUCCUCACCUACAGGUACCAGGAGGGUGGCGCACGCAAGCCGAAGGCUCGGCUAGUCAUUCUGGGCUACCAGCACCCGAGUCUUACGGAGCUCUCUACGGCGGCGCUUACGCCGGGGAAGCUGGCUCGCAACAUGCUGUUCCAGGUGUGCGCGCAGCAUAAGUUCAAGCUCAAGUUCGGCGACGUCAGCUCAGCUUUCCUCCAGACCGACGCGAGCGAGGAAUUCGAGAGUCUGAACGUGAAGGUUCCUACGGAAGUGGCUCAUGCUUUUCCUGAUGAGCUGGGGCGUCCAGCGCAGAUCUUGAAGAUGGUCGAGUCUUUCUAUGGAUUGACGACAGCUCCGAGAGCAUGGUGGCUUGACAUACCACGCAAACUUUGUGACCGAGGUUGGCGACCACUACGUGCCGACCAGUGCGCGUGGACCUUGCUGGAUUCCAACAACCAGCUGAAGGGCAUCAUCGGCGUCCACGUGGAUGACUUCAUCAUCGGCGGCGACGAGACGUCGAAGCUGUGCGGGGACGCGGAGCCGAGUUCAGUGGACUACGCGUUCGCCAGUUCUGGGGAUUUCUCGAUCACGCUGGACUUCUGCGACUACACGAACAAGUUCAUCACGGAGGCCGAGAUCGACGCCGACCGCAAGAAGCAGGCUCAUCGACCACUCGAGCCGAAAGAGAUCUCACUCCUUCGUGGAGUAUUGGGCACGGCCAGUUGGAGGGCACAGCAAGUGUCCCCACAGUAUGCGGUGGACGUUGGGCUUGCCUUGUCUCAAGUCAACAACGCCAAGAUCAGCGACUUGGUGAAUGCCAACAAGGUUGUCAAGGACAUGCGUAAAUCGGCGUCGCAGGUGAUCAAUUUCCACCGGUUCGAGAACUACGAUUGGCACGAGCCGUGGAUGGUGCAGUGGGCGGAUGCUAGUGACAAGCUCAGGCCCGACGGCAGCAAGACUGGCGGGCUGGUGACAGGCCUCUCGACUCCGGAUUUUGCGAAUGGCAGCAUGGCAAACGUUUCGAUACUUGGAUGGAAAUCCUUCAAGCUACCUCGCAAUAUUUCGGGCUCCAACAACAACGAGACGCAGUCGACCGCGCUCGGCGACGAGAUGUUGUGGUUAUCUCGACUGAUGUGGGUAGAAUUUUAUGGAGUCGAACCGACCCGUUGGAAGUUGGACGACACUGUCAAGACCGUGCCAGGCAUGCUCAUCACAGAUUCACGCGGCAUCUACGACGCGAUCUUGAAGUCGGAGUCUCCCCAGUUGGGCAUGCGCAGCUUCAGACCAGGCGAGGAGGCCAGAGGCAUCAAG